UAACCGCCUUUUAACCGUCGUCACUGGGAAAACAAUGUUGAAAAAUAUAACACAAGUUGAAUGUACUGAAGAAGAAUUUUGGUUUUUCAAUCAACAAUGGAAGGAAAAAGAGAUGAAAUAAGGAAAGGGCCAUGGAAAGCAGAGGAAGAUGAAGUGUUAAUAAACCAUGUGGAAAAAUAUGGACCAAGAGACUGGAGCUCCAUUCGAUCCAAAGGCCUUUUACAGAGAACUGGCAAGUCUUGUCGUCUUCGUUGGGUCAACAAACUUAGACCCAAUUUGAAGAAGUAAGUUAUGAUGUUAUUGUUAUUAUUAUUAUUGUUAUUUUUGAAGUUUCAUUUCUCGCCAUGCAUUAUGUUACAUGAGAAAGUGAUCUGGUUCUGUGUUAGUGGGUGUAAAUUUUCACUAGAGGAGGAGAGAGUGGUGAUAGAAUUGCAGGCACAGUUUGGGAACAAAUGGGCAAGAAUAGCCACGUACCUGCCUGGGAGAACUGACAACGAUGUUAAGAAUGUUUGGAGCAGCAGGCAAAAGAGGCUGGCCAGAAUUUUGCAGAAUUCAGCAACACCCUCUUCCUCUUCCAACUCCGAAUCCCACAAAACUGCUAAAGAAGUUUCUGCUUUUCAUGAUCUUCCAAUUGUAGAGGCUUCAAGAUUCAGUUCUUCAAUGGAGGAAGAGUCAUCCUCAAAGACUCAGUCUUGUUCGUCAUCCAACAUGGAGAAAGCUCGAAGUAUUAUUAAGAUGGUUCCGCUGCCAGAUUUGGUAAAUCCUAAGUUACUUCAUUUCGACUCCCAAUUUGAGCUUAUCCCAUAUGAGAAUAAUGAUCCUUGCUCUGAUUCUCAAUUACAAAAUCCGUUUCCUGAAAUUACACAACCUCAACAAGACCUUACAUUUUCACCGGAAAGCCAAGAGCUCUUGGCUGGGCUUGACGACCCUCACUUUAUCGAUUUGUUUGGACCAGUAAAUGCUCCUCAACUUGAUCCGAAGAAUGAAAAUGACAACCAAGUGAACCCAGAUGCCUUCUUUGAUGACUUCCCAAACGACAUGUUUGAUCAUACUGAGCCACUUCCCACCCCAUCGGACUGGUGAUUCAUAGACUACAAGGCUGGUGUCAUGUCCCGGCAGACGAUAAAUGUAUGAUUAGUUUCUUGAGCUGGAAAAUUUGAUGUAAUCCUUGUGAGCUGGUAAUUCUGGUAACCUUUAUUCUUUGUACUAAGGCUCUGUGAACUACAUUGAAAGCAAGUUUCUAAUCAUUUACUCUAUUGUUUGUC